AUGGAGGCUAUCCUAGAUUUCAGCAAAGAGGUCGAUGUAUCGCUCAUUGAUCGCGUGGUAGAGGCUGGCUUUACCGGUUCUGGGCAAGAGCUGCUUACACGCGUCUUUGGUCAGCAACGGGCAGCCCAGCACGUCCUCGCCCAAUUCCAAGAGCAUCCAGAUGCAUGGCAAAGAGUGCCGCUGAUUCUAGAGAGCUCGUCAAACUCGCAAGCAAAGUUUAUCGGCCUUCAAAUCCUCGAAAAGCUCAUUAUGACGCGUUGGAAAGUUAUCCCAGACGAUCAACGCGCAGGAAUUCGCAAUUUCAUCGUCGGCCUUACGAUAAAACUCGCGUCAGACGAGGCAAUCCUCCGCAAAGAGCGCGCAUAUAUCGGAAAGCUGAAUCUCAUCUUGGUGCAGAUUUUGAAACAAGAGUGGCCACAUGCAUGGCCGACGUUCAUCCCAGAGAUUGUCGCAUCCUCUCAAACAAACGUCUCGCUCUGCGAAAACAACAUGGUCAUUCUCAAGCUCCUGUCAGAAGAAAUUUUCGACUACUCUGCCGAACAGAUGACGACCGCUAAGAUCAAGAACCUCAAGAAUCAGAUGUGUGGAGAGUUUAGCGAUAUCUUUAGGCUCUGCUCCGAGGUACUCGACAAAGCCCAAAAACCAACCCUCAUCAAAGCAACUUUGGAGUGCUUCCUUCGCUUCCUCAACUGGAUACCACUGGGAUACAUCUUCGAGACCAAUAUCAUCGAUACCCUGCUAACCAGGUUCUUGGAGACCCACGAGUUCCGCAAUGUCACUCUCAAGUGUCUUUCGGAAAUUGCAGGCUUCCAAGUUGGAACCGAAUACGACUACAAGUUCCAAGUCCUCUUCUCAAUGGUCAUGACCUCUGUCAACCGCAUGAUCCCGCCAUCUACAGACAUCAAAGCCGCUUAUGCUACAUCGAGUGAUUCUGGACAAGAACUCGUUCUUAACCUCGCCCUUUUCCUGACCAACUUCCUUAUCAACCACAACAGACUCAUCGAGCCCGAGCAAUAUCGUGACCUACUGCUGAACUGCCAUCUAUACAUGAUCAAGAUUUCUCAAGUAGAAGACAAGGAGAUAUUCAAGAUUUGCCUCGAAUACUGGUCGAAACUCGUCGCAGAGCUAUACGAGGAGAUUCAAAGUCUGCCGAUCGGCGAACCUGCCCUCUUGAUGGGUCUAAACUUGGGUGGCCCAGGUGCAAACUCUCUGCUCAGUGGUUACGAGCUGCGCAAAAACCUGUACACGGACGUUCUGUCCAACCUUCGCCUGGUCGUCAUCGAUCGCAUGGCCAAGCCGGAGGAGGUUUUGAUUGUCGAGAACGACGAGGGAGAAAUCGUCAGAGAAGUUCUCAAGGAGAGCGAAACAAUCGUCGUCUACAAGCAAAUGCGCGAGCUCCUUGUCUACUUGACACAUCUCGACGUUGCGGACACUGAGUCUAUCCUCACAGAGAAGCUGAGUAGACAAAUUGACGGUACGGAAUGGUCGUGGAAUAACCUCAACACGCUUUGCUGGGCAAUUGGUUCCAUCUCGGGUGCCAUGAACGAAGAGACCGAAAAACGGUUCUUGGUCACGGUCAUCAAGGAACUCCUUGGCUUGGUCGAAAUGAAGCGUGGCAAGGACAACAAAGCCGUCGUGGCCUCCAACAUUAUGUACAUCGUCGGCCAGUAUCCUCGCUUCCUAAAGGCACAUUGGAAGUUCCUUAAGACAGUCGUGAAUAAGCUCUUCGAAUUCAUGCACGAGACGCACGAAGGUGUGCAAGACAUGGCUUGUGAUACCUUUAUCAAGAUUACCCAAAAAUGCCGCCGCCACUUUGUCAUGCUGCAAGCACAAGAGACCGAGCCGUUCAUCGAUGAAAUCCUCCGCAAGCUGCCGUCUAUAACCAUUGAUCUGUCUCCUCAGCAAAUUCACACAUUCUACGAGGCGAUUGGCUACAUGAUUUCUGCUCAACCCAAUAAGCCAAUACAAGAGAAGUUGAUUCAAAGGUUGAUGGAGUUGCCGAACACCGCGUGGGACUCUCUAAUGAUCCAAGCCACGAGCAACGUAGACGUGCUUUCCAACAUGGACAACGUCAAGGUUCUGAAUAAUAUCAUCAAGACUAACGUGGCUGCUUGUGUCUCCAUUGGGACGUUCUUCAUUCCCCAGAUUUCUCGCAACUUUGUGGACAUGCUCGAACUCUACAAGGCUGUCAGUAGCAUCAUCAGCACCUCGGUGGCGACCGAAGGUCUCAUUGCUACCAAAACCCCAAAAAUCCGUGGCCUGCGUACCAUCAAGAAGGAAAUCUUGAAGCUGAUGGAGACAUAUAUCAAAAAGGCAGAAGAGGUGGAAAGUGUCAAUCAAAAUCUCAUUCCUCCACUACUCGAUGCUAUUCUCGGCGACUAUAAUCGUAACGUUCCCCAAGCUAGAGACGCUGAAGUGCUCAACGUCAUGGCUACUAUCACCCUCCGCAUGGGACCUCUUCUCACCCCUCAAGUUCAUCCGAUUCUCGAGGCCGUGUUCGAGCCGACCCUCAAUAUGAUCAACCAAGAUUUUACAGAGUAUCCAGAGCACCGUGUAGGGCUCUACAGGUUACUGCGUGCUAUCAAUUCGCAGUGCUUCCCGGCAUUGCUCACAUUACCGCCCGUACAGUUCAAGCUUGUAUUUGACAGUAUAAUCUGGGGAAUGAAGCACACGCUUCGAGAUAUUGCAGACCUUGGCCUUUUGAUUCUAUUCGAAAUGGUCGACAACUUUGCCACUCAAGAUGCUGUUGUUGCAAAUGCCUUCUUCCAAGCGUACUAUACGGCGCUCCUCCAAGAUCUCUAUUUUGUACUCACGGAUACCGACCACAAGAGCGGCUUCAAGAUGCAAACUCAACUACUCAUGCGUCUCUACCAUCUCGUGGAAUCUGGCACUCUUGCGGCGCCCAUAUUCGAUCCCUCUACCGUCCCGGAUGCAAGCAUGACGAACUCUACAUUUGUCCGCGAGUUUUCAUCCUCGCUGCUUAAGAAUGCGUUCCCUCACCUUCCUCCGAAACGAGUUGACGCAUUUGUGGCCUCGCUCUGCGAGACAUGCGGAGACGCGAAUCGCUUCAAAGUGGCCGUGCGCGACUUCCUCAUCCAGCUCAAAGAGUUUGAGGGUGACAAUGCCGAACUUUACCUGGAAGAAAAGGAGCAAGCUGCUUCCGAAAAAGAAGCAGCAGCGAUGCGUGUUCCGGGAUUACUCAAACCAUCUCAGAUUCAAGACGAGGAGGAGCUAUAG